GUGAGAAAUACUUCCAUAAUGGGCGUCACCAGAAAGGUCCCACUUGUGAGGAAACUUGUGGGAAAAACAGUCCAGCUUAAAAGCAGCUGAUCAUCCAAAGAAAACAUUCUCAAUGCUGGUCAAGAGCUAGUUAACAAGCUUGCCUCCCACCAUAAGCUAUGUUUUUUUCUGGUCUAGUAAUACGUUACACAGAAAAUCAGUCUAGGUGGAAAACCAACGUGUAGAUAAGAAUGUCUGUGAGGGUUUUUAAAAAUGUGCCAGAAGCAGAAGAAUAAAGUCAGAAAACUACAAAAAAUAACAUACAGUCAAACCUAACCUUCUCUUUCUAUCUUUUCUUUUAUUAAGUGCUGGGAAUUAUGAUACAAUAUCAAUUAUUAUCUCAAUUAAAUUUAGAUGCAUGAAAGUGACAAAACCUUUAAACGGCUCAUUCUGGACUGGCAAUAAUAGAGCUGGUGAGAUCUCUUUAUGUGAGAGUGAUUUUGUACACAGAACCUUAUGAUAAUGUUUUGCAAAUAACCAAAUCUUUAGGCUAUAAUAUGUUCCCUUUAAAGCAGCUGAAUAAAUGCAUUCUUUACAAUGGGUGUCCACAAACAAUUGAACGUGUAGGACUUUUAUUUUGGAAAGCACAGCGAUUUUGCACGAACUGCACAGGUAACCCGUUUGCUCGCAUUUGAUGCACAGUUGCUGUGGCAGUGGAUUUAUUGGAAAAGCCUCUGUAAGUGUUUCUCUGGGGUGUUUGGGUGAGCAGAGCGCCAUGCAGUGGACAGAUCAGCCUGGACUUUAAUCCUGUCCGAUCUGAGAGUGACGAACUUCCUGCUUACAUUAUCAUGCGUCCUACGUGUGUAAGCAAAAGAUGACACAGAAACAUUCAUGAUGUCCGGACGGUAAAGAACGGAAUAGAGUGGUGCUCGUGACUGACUGUCCCUAAAAACUAGAGGAGCCAUGACUGCUGUCACUGCUUACAGCCCUUCCCAGACCAAGGACAGGGCGAGGGACGGUGGGAGCAGGGAAACAGCCUGAGUUGGAGCUCGGAUGUGGGCAGAUUUAGGCUGGCUCGAACCUCCUCGGACUUAACAGGGGCCUGUGCGACUCUGUGCUCUUUGCUUUAACGGUAAAUCAGAUGUAGCUUCUUCUUUUCAUCGAAUGGAAAAGUACUUUCAGGCAGCAGUGGAGCCCCCAUACACCCAGCACCGACCUCUUCCGGCAAAGUCAGUACAGAAGAAGGGUAAUAAACCUGCUGUUAAAAGGAAUAUAUGGGAUCACAAGUUUCGUCUGAUGAGAUGAGCGUGCGUGCGGGGCAGGGCAGUGACGAGGUGCUGGUGUCUCAGGCUGUGUGGGAUUACCUGGCGGCGGCCGGGCGGCCCUGGCUGUUGGAGUUCGAGGAUAAGCAGGGCCUGAGUGCCGGGAUCGUUCGGCGCGGGGAGCGCGGCGGCUGCUGUGCGGUGAGACUCUCUCCGGUGGAGGGCGGCACCAGGGCCAGGACCGGCAUGAUGGUGGACCCGGUGUCCCCCGCCACUCGCAAAGCCUUUAUAGACCUAUGCCGUUGUGCCCGCAAGGAAAUGACCAAACAAGACGCUGCACCCAAGAGGAAACGCUCUCUGCUGCCCUGUGUCGGGGUGAUGGAGGUGGACGGGGAGGGGAGUUUACUACCUCCUCCUCCUCCUCAGCCACGCCGCUCCCAGAGGCAGCAGCAGCAGAGGUACAGGAGAAGCGCUGACAUGGAGGCCAGUGUGGUCCUGCCCAUGCAGCACGAGGCCACCGCAAGGACAGAGGCUGAGCUGAAUGUAGGCCAGCCAAGCGAGGAGGACAACGCCAGCUGCUCCAUCUGCAUGGGUGAGAUAGUGGAGAAGACGACUCUAGAGAAGUGCGGCCACUCCUUCUGCCGCUCUUGCUUGGAUCAAGCUUUUAAGGUGAAGAAGGCUUGUCCCGUCUGCAGGCUGGUUUAUGGUCAGCUGAUUGGGAACCAACCAGCCAAUGGUAGCAUGAUGGUGGAGCGAGAGCCUGAUCUGGAGCUGGCUGGACAUGAAGGAUAUGGGUGCAUAUGCAUUAUCUAUAGCUUCCCUCCUGGAUUCCAGGCGCAAGAGCACCCAAACCCUGGAGUGAGGUACCCAGGCACAGACCGUGUAGCGUAUCUGCCGGACAGCCCUGAGGGGAACCGCGUACUGCGCCUGCUGCGGCGGGCUUUUGAACAGCGGCUCAUCUUCACUAUAGGAACCUCCAUGACUACAGGCAUGCAUAAUGUCAUCACCUGGAAUGACAUCCACCACAAGACCUCUAUAUGGGGUGGACCACGAUGCUUUGGCUACCCAGAUCCUACAUACCUCGUGCGGGUGACUGAGGAGCUGCGGGAAAAAGGAAUAACCGCCGAGUGAUUCUUUGAUACACAGCACUUUUGGUAUAACGUUACUAUGGGACAGGCAAAUGUGCAGACCUGACCACAGACAAACUCUCCACAGAUUUAGUGUGUUAAUGCAAGUCACAGCCAUGUUCUGCAGCGGUGGUUUGGUUGAGAGGACUCUGUGUACACUAAGAUUGUUCUAAUUUGGUUCUUUUUGCUUAAAUUUGCUCUUGGAGAUGAUAUGUUAUGGGUGCAGUGCAUUCCACACAUACCUUUUAUGAGUCUUUUUUUAUAUAUAUAUACAUUUACUUGUUUUUGAAGGGAGCACUUUGGGAGGAUUAGAGUCCUGUGGUACUUCUGAACUCAGAAGUAGCCAGUGCACUGCUGGAUUGUGAGCAUCUUAAAAACACCGGACUUUCUUCUGCUUUGGUUCCAGAGACGUCAGUGCGGUUGUUUCUCUGUUCCAGGCUAGAAAUGUAGGCUUGCUCUUUUAAUCUCCCUGUUUCUUGCAUACAAACUCAUUCAUGGUGCUUUUCCACUGCUCGGUACUUAGACUACUUGACUAUGCUCACUUUUUGGGAUAAGGUAACUGGUUAUUUCCCCCCAGUCACAUCGCAAAACACCAUCACUGCCAUCUCCAGAGUGGUGGCAAUACCAACAGAUACUUGCUUGUAGCUUUUUCCAUCAGUCAUCAUUCUCUGUCUCAGUGCUCUGCAAGGUUUAAAUGCCAUGUUUAAAGUACCCAUUUCAAGGUACCAAGUACCAAAUUUGCAGAGUAAAUUUAAAACAAGUAGUGUAGGUACCAUGCAGUAAAAAAGCAUUAAUGGCCUUGCCAUCACUUUUGUUGAGAUUAAAUAAGGAUGUAUAUUCUUCACACUAAAAGUUCUAAAAAGAGUUAUUUGGAGCAAUUCCAAAGAACAACCCCUCUUAGUUUCCUAAAGCUGUGGUUCUCAGACAGGUCUGAGCUGCUCCACGUUUUAGCUUUAAAUCUCUAAAAAUUGGGAUGGCACAAAUUUUAGACUGUCUGGGAAACUAUGAGGAUUGGACUAAGAACCACUGCACUGAAAAAAAAAAGAAAUUCUGUGGAUGAGUGGAGAAACACUGUUGAAACUUUUAGGUCUAACAGUUGAAAUGUUAGGCUCUAGAAAAUAUACAAUCAUAUCAUAUUAAUUGGAUGGGAACAUGAGUUCAUCUCCAGUUAUGUGUUGGUUUGGGCUUUUACUGAUCAACUGACUUAGAAAUAUAGCCCGUGUACACCUGAUCACUUUGUGAUUGUAUCUGGAUUGUGAACUGAUGUAUAUUUUAACCACAUUCAUUUACACUUGGUAUUUGGAUUAAAUCCCAGUGCUGUGUGGUAGAUUACCUAAAAUUUGCAAUUUUACAUGCUGUCAUACAUAGUUAUCUUUCAGACAAACAUGGAUCACAUUCCCAGUGACAUACAGCGAUAGAAUUAGUGUUCUUUGUGAUUUGGAUUUACACUCACCUUUUUUAUGUAGCUUUGCUUAAUCCAGAUAUGAUCCUAAUACUUAAGAUGCAUAAGGUUACCAGGUGUAAACAGGGUCAUAUUGUAUAAACCAGUCUAAACCAGGAUGUCAAACCUAUCCACAUUGGACCAGAGUGGCUGCAGGUUUUUGUUUUAAAUUAUCAGUAACACACACAUGUGAAUACACUGGUGAAAUCAAUUUGUUAGUCUUCAAACAGCUGUUGACAUGUGCUUCUGCUUGGCUUAAAUGAAACCUGCAGCAACACCAGCCCAAUGUGGACAGGUUUGAACCCUUCAAUUAUUAAAUUUUCUGGAAAUUGUUCUCCUCAUUCUUGCAUUAAACCAACGUCCCUCAUAUCCUGUACUUCAUGGAUCCAACUCUUGAGAACCACAGCUUCAGGAAACCAAAUAUAGUGGUUCUUCUAUAUAGCAUUGCUUUAAAGAAACUUAUUUUUAUGGCACCUUUAUGUUCUUCUAAGAAUGUCCGAAAAACAAAAAUGGUCUACCACAGCUUUACUGGUACUGUUGGGACAAUCCCACCCAUUCAAGCAAGUUCUUCAGCUUGUUUUUUUUUCUUUAAGCAGCACUUUAAGGCACUUUGCAUUGAUGGAAGUAAGUGAGCUAAUAAUGGAGAUCUGAAGCUGACUCGAUGUCUUCCUGGUCUUCCAGAAGGAAGGCAGGACAGUGAUGUUUGCAGGCGCUUGCGGUCAUGAGGAAUCAAUCUUAACAGCUGCAGUCUGAUGUCAGUCCCUCUGAGCUUUUUUAUCUUCCUGUCAGCUUCCUCUUUAUCUCAUUCAGAGACAAGGUUACAGCCUUGUAUGUUGCCUUGUUUUAAUGUUUACCAGUUGGCUUCUGCUCUGUCUGUGUUCUGGUAAUGUUCAGGCAGCCCCAGUAAGAUGCUGGAACUGCUGUUUGCUCAGUUCUGGUUUCUUUGGUAAGAGAAAAUGUCAAGUAAAGACCUUCCAGUACCGUUGCAGCGUUCAGGGGGUUGCUUUAGUGUGUGUACAAUUAUUUGAAAGGCUUCUUUAGUGAGUUUUACAUGCACUUCAUAAUCUGAUCAUGAGCGAAUUUCUGCAGCUAUCUGAUUAUUUAUGUACUCACAAAUACAGCAUACUCCAAUCUAAGCAAUCAGAAAAUUCUGUUUAUGUGACUGAAAUAUUCAGAUAACUGCAGAAACAUUUAGAAAUCUGAUUAAGAAAUCUGAUAAGUAGAGCUGGAUUUUAAUUUAGUAAUGUUUUAGGCAUAUAAAAGAAACCAAAUUUUUAUUAUUAUUAUUAAGUAAACUGCUAUCUCAUUAUUUUAAAAUAGAAAGUCAUUAUUUUGAGAAAGUAAGUCAUUUUUUCAGAUACUAUCUCAUUAUUUUGUGACAGUAAGUCAUUAUUUUGUGAUACUAUCUAGGAAAAAAUGUUUUUCCCCAAUAGCAAACACAUACGCUAUCUCAAAAUAAUGACUUACUGUCUCAAAAUAAUGACUUAGUAUCUCAAAAUAAUGAGAUAGCAGUUUACUUAAUUAUAAGAAAAAAAUGUGCUGCAUUUUGUUUGUUAAUUUUAGAUGGCGGGAAUGGGCUUCCAUAUAAAACAGACCCUGUUUAACAAAGCACCCACAAAAUGAAAACCAAACCUUUUUGGAGUGACCCCAAAACUAAAGGAUUAAAAUAAUAUAUUCAUCCUCUAGCUGAUGUAUGUUCAUAGUGCAACUUUUUCCCAAAUUCAUGUAAACCCAUUGAUCGGUUAACUGUGAAGCUCUGAUGUUCUUCAGCAAUCUGAUUAUUAAAUGCAUGUAAAAACACACACACUAAACUGAUUGUCUGUUAAGAAAGCCAUUGUUGCUGAAGUGUUGCUGGUUGAGGCUUUAAUGUUCAGACUUAAUUUAUCAGAUUUAUAAAAUGAUGUCAUAAUAAAAAGGUCCUAUAGACCAAACUGAGGGGGGAAAAAAUCAAACAACAAAAAGGCACAAUCAUUCCAAGAUAUGAUGAUCAUAACUAAAACCUCAACGCUGGAGAAUGCCAAGCGCUGUCUUUAUAUCCGAGUGCCCGUAGACUAGCGUGUGGUUUAUUUAACACACACAAUGUUUUCCAAUGACUGAGUGAACAUCUGAUCUAAAGUAUGUGCAGCAGUGUUGUUCAGCAAUGAGUUUAUGAGUGAAAAAUAUGCAGUAACAUCUAAUUUACUCAUUCAGAGAGUUGCAGUAUUUUUUAUUCAUUCAAGGUCAUAGCAUAGAAUAGCAUAGCAUGAUAUUACUAAUGCUUCAGCAUAAUAAAGCUGUCAGACUGUCGAGCUGUUGGCUUGGCUGAUUAAAAGCCAGAAGCCUUGGCUUGUUUAGGUGGUCUGGCUGCAAGUGGACUACGCCGUUCUGUGUUUGCUCUGGAAUUCGCUUCACGGAUCAUUUCAGGCAAAGAUAAUCUUUUCUUUUAUGUCACAGAUUUCAGGAUAUCUGCUCUGCAUCAUCAAAUGAUGAGAAGUCAUGUAGAGGUUUUCUAAAGUCGCUAAACAUUUCCUCUGUUCGCCCCCUUUAUUUUCUUUUAAGGGACCAAUUCAAAGGUACUUCUGGAUGAUGAUAUGUGUGCGUGUGUGUGUAUGUGUGUAUGUGUAUAUAUAGGUGUACUUAUCAUGCAAAAUUCUAUGCAGUUCAAGUCCAAUGGGAAGAAAAAAAAAGUCCUCUUCAGAGAAUUGAUUGUUGAUCAAGUGAAUGAUUUGCCUUUAUGAUUGUGUUGAUUUGUACAUGACAAAACUGUCUGCUACAAUUUCAAAUGUGUGCUUUACAUUUUCAUACUUGAAUAAAGAGUUCUGUUCAGUU